AUGAUCUUUCCCGCGGCAGCGCAAAGCGAACUGCAGAUACGGGAUAUCGAAAAAGGCAGUGGCGAGGAAGCCAAUGUUGGCGAAACCGUCGUCGUUCACUACACCGGCUGGCUGAUGGACGGGACCAAGUUCGAUUCCAGUGUGGACCGAGGACAACCCUUCUCCUUCACGCUUGGUGAACGCCGUGUCAUUCCCGGAUGGGAAAAAGGCGUUGAAGGCAUGCAGGUCGGCGGCAAGCGUGAGCUGAUCAUUCCACCUGACAUGGCCUACGGCUCCCGCGGCGCAGGCGGCGUCAUUCCACCUGAUGCGACGCUCAAGUUCGAAAUCGAGCUUCUGGACGUCAAAGGGAAGAAAUUUUCCGAUAUCGGCAAUGACGAACUGAAGGAAAAACUUGCGUCCGGCGCGACCGUAAUCGAUAUCCGGAGGCCUGACGAGUGGAAACAGACCGGGGUUGUUGCCGGUAGCCAUCUCGUGACCUUUUUCGAUGAAAACGGCAAUGUGAACCCGGAUUUCGGCGCUUCGCUCCAGAAGCUUGUCGCCGGUCCCGAGGAUGAGGUUGUGCUCAUCUGCCGGACAGGAGCCCGUAGCAAGGUCUUGUCCCAGUACCUGUCGGAGCAAGCCGGCUUUACAAAUGUCGUCAAUGUCGAAAGUGGCAUCAUGAGCUGGAUCGGAGACGGCCAAGCCGUCACGGCUGCUGUCUUGCCGGAAAAUUGCUGGCUCUGCUGA